UACCUGCACAUGGAAGGUAUGCCUCGGUGUGCGCGCGCUCGGCGCCGCGCGCUGCCUGCUCACGCGCAGUGUGUCGCAGAGCCGCCGGAGGCGCCGCGCGGGCUGCGGCUGGGCGGCGUGGGCGCGCGCUGGGUGCGGCUGCAGUGGGCGGCGCCGCCGGGGCUGCAGUACGCGGCGCGCUACACGGCGCUGCACGCGCUGCCCGCCGCCGCCGACCGCUCCGCCGCCGCCAACCUGUCCGUGCGGGACGAUGGGCCCAGAACAGACGCAGACGGGCUGCACACGCUGUCUGCCAGGCUGGAGGGACUGCGCCCUGCCGCCGCCUACUCCCUGCGCCUCACGGCGGCCAACCACGUGGGCGUGUCUCCGCACUCUGAACCUCUCAUGUUUACUACGCUGGAAGAAGCUCCCACUGCCUCUCCGCAAAAUGUAAGAGUGAGAGCGGCUAAUCCCGGGGAGCUGCGCGUGUCGUGGUCGGCGCCGCCCCAGGACAGCUGGAACGGGGAGCUGCUAGGCUACGUGGCGACGUGGCGUGAGCUGGGCCGCUUCGAGGAGGAGGAGGCGGCGGCGCGCACCGGCAGCGCGGUGGCGCCCGGCUGGAGCAGCGCCGAGCUCGCGCUGGGCGGGCUGCGCUCGUCCGCGCGCUACGCACUCACCCUGCGCGCCUACAACCGCGCGGGCGCCGGGCCCGCCUCGCCCGCCGCCUACGCCAGCACGCCGGACGGCGAGCCCGACGCCGCGCCGGCGCACGUGGCGUGCGAGGCGCUGUCGCCGCGCGAGCUGCGCGUGCGCUGGUCGCCGCUGCCCUCCGCGCAUGCGCUCCGGGGCUAUGACCUCCACUACGCACCGCUGCACUUUGCUACCUGUAAAUGACAUUACUAACUGAAUAUUUGUAUGUUUACUUACAAUGUUUAGGGAAGGACUCGUCGCUAAGUCAAAACCGCUCGGAUCAUUUUACCAGGGAUCGUCAGAAGAUGGAAAGUCAGAAAACCAUCUUAUCAGGGGGUAUUGCGCUGCCUGGGUAAUUGAUUUGUGGAGAUCAAAUCAUCAUCUACCAAGCCUUUUUCCAACUAUGUUGGCGUCGGCUUCCAGUCUAACCGGGAGCAGCUGAGAGCCACUCAGAGCCAGUGUUUUACAUGAAACGACUGGCUAUAUAAUAUCGGGUAAUAAUAAUAAUGGCGUCCUAGCCGAUUGUCGACCACGGCGGCCGCUCUCAUAAGCUAGUUAUUACCUGGGACAUAUCCUACACAUGCAUUUGCGCCUCUAUCGGUCAAAUUCGGCUAUACAAAUCCCACAACAACAACAAUCACACACACAAACGUACAUCUCUCACCCUAAACGCAUAUACCUGCUCCGUUCCGUCGUGGGUAAAAAGCAUUUAAAUGUUAUAUUCAAAAUAGGUAUUUUGCAUUUUGUAUUUACAAUUUAAAUAGAAGUACUUCAAAUAAAUCGGAUCUGUGGCUAUAUUAAUAUUUUGUUAUUGCUAAUCAGUUAUGGCAAUGAACGUAAUUUGCUAGAAAUAGCGAAAUAAUAUUUGACGGUAGGUGUAAGCGGUACGUUAGCUAAUUGUGUGUGUGUGACAGCGUGGAGCGGCGCGCGCGCCGGGCCGGGCGGCGAGGCCACGCUGCAGGGGCUGCGCGCCGCCACCAACUACUCCGUGUGGGUGCGUGCGCGCGCCGCCGCCGGGCCCGGCCCGCCCGCGCCGCCCGUCUACUGCGCCACCGCCG